AUGGCUUCGCGAAGCAAACUGAAUCAGAUCUGCCAAUUCUGCAGAUGCACACCGCGUACGGAGCUCAAGAAAUGCCACAAAUGUGGCAGCGUUAGUUAUUGCUCGCACGCCUGUCAGCGAGAGGACUUAACGAAUCACCAGCGAGCGUGUCGCGUUGCGCGCGAGGGUGUCAUCAUCCCGCCUCUCGACUUCUUGAAGACCCGGAAAGAGAAAGAACGCCUCACGGAGAUCCUCACUCACUGCGUUCCGCGGUUGCUGACUGCGCUGUACAACGACCUCGCGCGCUGGAUGGAGGCGAAGUCCAGUGCCCUGCUUGAGCGUUGUAUCAACGACCUCAAGCUCAGGUACACCCCUAGCGCAUGCGAGACGCACGUGCUGCGCGUCGUCGUAUCGCGCGAUGAGAUGUGGCCCUCCUCCACGUCGACACCAGGGGAGUUGUUCACCGUUACGAAGUUCCAGGUGAUGGAUGUGCAGUACGCGCGGGAGUCGAUGGUACUAUGGAAGGAUUGCAUGAGGGAGCUGGAGAUCCAGCGGAGGGAGGCAAAGGCGAAUGGCUUGGGGAUGAUCGCUGUCGUUGGUAUCGAGUGCCCCGCGCUAGCCACGGUGAGGCUCCUCCAGUUUACGGGGGUGGGUCGAUAUCUUCUGGUGACUCCAGCAGAGAGUGGCCAACGUAGCCAUCGAAGGGCUCGGCGAUGA